UUUGGUCUAUCGACCUCUAUAUAAGCGCGUUCGUGGCGUGGUUGUCGCCAUUGUUUCCUUUAGAGCUGAGAGGGGAAGAAAGGGGGAGAGAGAUGGCGACGGCGACGGCGACGGCAACGGCAACGGCAACGGCGGUCGUAAACGAGCCGGAAGCGGCGGUCGUAAAUGAGCCGGAAGCGGCGGAGGUGGUGGCGGUGGGGCGGAGCAAGCGGAACCGCAUCCAGGUUUCCACCAACAAGAAGCCGCUCUUCUUCUACGUCAAUCUCGCCAAGAGGUAUAUGCAGCAGCACAAUGAGAUUGAGCUCUCUGCACUAGGCAUGGCAAUUGGCACGGUCGUCACUGUCGCUGAGAUUUUGAAGAACAAUGGACUUGCCACCGAGAAGAAAAUCCAAACCUCCACGGUCGGCACCAAAGAUGAAGCUAAGGGCCGCCUAGUUCGGAAGGCCAAGAUUGAGAUACUGCUUGGAAAGACGGAGAAUUUUAAUCACCUUGUCUCUACCAACAAAGUAGUUCGACAGGCAACUGAAGCAGAAGAGUGAUGGAGGAGGGAAUUAGCAGCUGGCCGGUGCUGGUGGUUGUUACUGUAAAUAGCACGAGGCUUCCUGUCGGUGCUGCUGACAUGGAUGAGGAGAAUGUCAUACCAUAGAAUAAGUGUUCUGUUUUCUCUUUCCUUCCCCUCUGAGC